AUGCGGGUUAUCUUUCUCCAGCUGUGCUACGCGAACUCGCGGGUGGCUCUUGAGGCGCCUCAAAAGCGGUCAGAAGGUGUGCUACGCGCAGCUGGGCGGGCGGCAGCAAUGCUCGUAGCGGCCACGGAUACAGAAUCCCUGGUCACCAUGGAGGUCCCUGUGGACGACCAGGACACCCACCGCUACGCUCUGCUCCCCCUCUACUCCCACUGCUACUUCAGUCAGAAGGUGUGGUACGCGCAGCUGGGCGAGCAUCAGCCGUCCUGUCAGAAGGUGUGGUACGCGCAGCUGGGCGGAGCAUCAGCCGUCCUGGUGGCAGACACGGACACAGAAUCCCUCGUCACCAUGGAGGCCCCUGUGGACGACCAGGACACACCGACCGCUACGUCAACAACAUCACCAUCCCCUCCGCGCUCAUCGAGAAAGCCACCGGGAGACAAGAUCCGCUCAGCUCUUUCCUCCGGGAACAUGGUCCUGGUGGACCUGGACUGGCGGGAGACGCUGCCUCACCCGGACGAGCGUGUGGAGUACGAGCUCUGGGGCACGAGUAACGACAUCUGCGGGCCGAAAUGCAACGACCUGACCAACUUUCUGGAUAAGUUCAAGGGCCUGGCGAUUACCCUCGAGCAGGGGGAUACACGCUCUUUACGCCGCACUACAUCACGUGGUACUUGCCCGCCAGACGAGGUGGACUCGAUAGCCUGCAAGAACCAGUGCAUUCACAAGGGGCGGUACUGUGCUCCGGACCCGGAGAGUGACUUCGAGGAGGGGUAUGAUGGGAAGGAUGUGCUGGUGGAGAAUCUGCGGCAGCUGUGGCGCAUUGACGUGCGCACGGUGCGCACCUGUGUUGGCGAUCCCACGCAGGACGUGGAUAACCCGCUGCUGCAAGCUCCAGGAGGAUGCGCAGGUGGGCGCAUUGGGGGGGCCGUGGGGAAACGCAUUGGGGGGGGCGGUGGGGGAAACGCAUUGGGGGGGCGGUGGGGGAACGCAUUGGGGGGGGCGUUGGGGAAACGCAUUGGGGGGGCGGUGGGGGAACGCAUUGGGGGGGUGUGGGUGGGCAAGAAUGGGCGCAGUGACGUCACCAUCCAGCCGACGCUGGUGAUCAACAACGAGCAGUACCGAGGUGGGCGCAUGUGGAGGCAGGGGGGAGGUGGGGGGCAGGGGGAGGUGGGGGGCAGGGGGGGGGGGAGGGGGGGGAGGUGGCGGGAAAGGGGGAGACUUGUCCAAUUCCUCCCCCCCUCCUCCACACCUCUUCCCCCCCACCUCCCAACAGGCAAGCUGGACCCAACGAGGGUGCUGAGAGCUGUGUGCUCGGGGUUUGGAGAGGCCACUGAGCCGCCUGCAAACUGGAUCCCAUGGGCGUGGCUGAGAGCUGUGUGCUCGGGGUUUGAGGAGGCCACUGAGCCGCCCGUGUGCCUGGGCGCAGGUGAGUGGGGGGGGGAGAGUAUGAUAGGGAGGAGGGAGAGUAUGAGGGGGAGAGGGGGGAUGGCUGGGCGCAUGAGGCCAUUAAGCCGCCUGUGUGCCUGGGCGCAGGACACGUUCAGAGGCAGGGUGUGCCAGUGCCCCAGCGACCCCGUCUCGGGGGUCAACUAUGUGGGGGACGGCUACAAAAAAUGCUCCCCCCAAGGCGUGGGGCGGUGCCGGGUGAAUCACGGGGGUUGCUGGAAUGCGGAGCACAGCGGCCAGACCUUCUCUGCGUGCGAUGACACGUCUGUGUUCGGCACGGGGUGCAGCUGCCCGUCGGGCUUCACGGGGGACGGGUACACGUGCACGGACGUGGACGAGUGUGCUGCUGACUCCACCGUCUGCAAGUGCCCUGACUGCCACUGCUCCAACACCUUUGGCUCUUUCGACUGCUCCUGCCCGGGCGGGCUGCUUUACAUGCGCGACUCAGACACGUGCAUCAACGGCGGCUUCACAUCGCACAUGUUUGGCAAGAUCUUGGCCAUCGUGGUGGCUGCGCUCAUCCUCGCUGCUCUCAUCAGCUUCGGCAUCUACAAGUACCGGCUGAGGGCCUACAUGGAUUCCGAGAUCCGCACCAUCAUGGCGCAGUACAUGCCGCUGGACAGCCAGCAGCAGGACGGGGCCACCCGUGAGAGCCUCGUGCAGAGCGCAUGA